AUGGGCGGCGGCACCGCCCGUGCGGCGGCGGAGCGGGGCCGGGGCGGGCGCGGGGGCCGCAGCGGCCGAGGCGCCGCGCCCGCUCCAUGGAGGCCGCGGCCGAGGCCCCGGGGGCGCCCGCGGCGCUCAGCUGCUUCUCCUACAACCAGGACUGCACCUCCCUGGCAAUUGGAACCACAACUGGAUACAGACUUUUCUCCUUAAGUUCUGUGGAGCAACUGGACCAGGUCCAUGAAAGCAAUGAAAUCCCAGAUGUUUACAUCGUGGAGCGUCUGUUCUCCAGCAGCCUUGUGGUUGUGGUCAGCCAUGCCAAGCCACAGCAAAUGAAUGUCUACCACUUCAAGAAAGGGACAGAGAUCUGCAACUACAGCUAUUCCAGUAAAAUCCUGUCCAUCCGGCUGAACCGGCAGAGGCUGGUGGUCUGCCUGGAAGAGUCAAUUUACAUCCAUAACAUCAAGGACAUGAAGCUUUUGAAGACUAUUCUGGACACACCUCCCAACACAACAGGUCUGUGUGCUCUCUCCAUCAACCACGCCAACUCCUACUUGGCUUAUCCCGGCAGCGCGACCAGCGGAGAGAUCGUGCUUUACGACGGAAAUACUUUGAAAACAGCCUGCACCAUUCCUGCCCACGAUGGGCCUCUGGCCGCUCUUGCCUUCAACUCCACCGGCUCCAAGUUGGCCAGUGCUUCUGAAAAAGGCACAGUCAUUCGUGUAUUUUCCAUUCCUGGGGGGCAAAAACUCUAUGAAUUCCGGCGAGGGAUGAAAAGGUAUGUGAACAUCAGCUCCCUGGUGUUCAGCAUGGAUUCCCAGUUCCUCUGUGCCUCCAGCAACACAGAGACCGUGCACAUCUUCAAACUGGAGCAUCUCACAGACAGCCGGCCAGAGGAGCCUCCAACCUGGAGUGGUUACAUGGGAAAGAUGUUCCAGGCUGCUACCAACUACCUCCCUGCCCAGGUGUCAGGCAUGAUGAGCCAGGACCGAGCCUUUGCCACCGUCCGGCUGAACAUCUCCGGACAGAGGAACAUCUGUGCCCUCUCCACGAUUCAGAAGCUGCCUCGGCUGUUGGUGACGACGUCGGAUGGACAUCUCUACAUCUAUAACCUGGACCCACAGGAUGGAGGGGAGUGUGUCUUAAUUAAAAAUCACAGUCUGCUUGGCUCAGGAAAGAUGGAGGAGAACAAAGAAAACGACCUUCAGCCUCCAGUACCUCAAUCUUAUGCAGCAACUGUAGCCAGACAAAGUACAGUGCCUUCAACUUCGACCAUGCCAGGUUACUCGGAGGACGGGGGAGCCCUGCGUGGGGAGGUUAUCCCAGAGCACGAGUUUGCGACUGGACCAGUCUGUCUGGACGACGAGAAUGAGUUUCCUCCUAUAAUCUUGUGCCGUGGAGGUCAGCCAGGCAAGGCGAAGAGGUCAUGAGGAGAAGCAAAACAUCCACGCUUAGGACAGCUGCUGGGAGGUGCUUUGGAAAAGCCAGGAGUUUCGAAGAACAGAUCUGUGAGUCCCCAAGAUGAGAAAAAAAAUAUAAAUUAAGGUGGGCCACACUUUUUCCUCUGUGUAAGUGAACACCUGGCCCUUUUAGCCCAUGUUCUAAUUUGUGUCUGGGUGGGGUGUCAAUGUACUGUAUGCACAUGGCUCUAUUUAACAAACUCUAUGUUAGAACCACAGUGUAAAUGCUAAUUUAAUCGGAUUUGUAUGUAACCAGAAUUUUAUAUACCCAUUUGUCCCUUUUCUAAUUUAUGCUGUUUUAUGUGUAUAAAUGUACUUAUAGGAAGAGAUAUUAAACUUAUGUCUUUGUACAGUAUAUACAGACUACUUUAACCCAAGCAAAGUAUUUUUGCAGUGAUAUUAGAGAAGAUGCCAUUUGCUAUGCUGAAAGACAGAAUAAAGUCACAGUCUGUCCCUGGCA